AUGGGGAGUGGUUUGGGGGUCUCAGAUUUGGGAUCUCUGGAUUUGAGGGUCCCAGAUUUGGGAUCUCAGGGUCUGGGGGUCCCGGAUUUGGGAUCUCUGGAUUUGGGGGUCCCCGGAUUUGGGAUCUCAGGGUCUGGGGGUCCCCAGAUUUGGGAUCUCAGGAUUUGGGAUCUCAGGGUUUGGGGGUCCCCGGAUUUGGGAUCUCAGGGUUUGGGGGUCCCAGGGUUUGGGGGUCUCAGAUUUGGGAUCUCAGGGUUUGGGGGGGUCUCAGAUUUGGGAUCUCAGGGUUUGGGGGUCCCAGAUUUGGAAUCUCUGGAUUUGAGGGUCCCCAGAUUUGGGAUCUCAGGGUUUGGGGGUCCCAGGGUUUGGGGGGGUCUCAGAUUUGGGAUCUCUGGAUUUGGAGGUCCCCAGAUUUGGGAUCUCAGGGUUUGGGGGUCCCUGGAUUUGGGAUCCCUGGAUUUGGGAUCUCAGGGUCUGGGGGUCCCUGGAUUUGGGAUCUCUGGAUUUGGGGGUCCCCGGAUUUGGGAUCUCAGGGUUUGGGGGUCCCUGGAUUUGGGAUCUCAGGGUUUGGGGGUCCCACCAGGAGCAGGUACGACACUGGGAGGGGCUGGGAAGGGUCUCCCACCCCCCCCCUUCCUUUUCCCAGGAUUUCCCCCCCCUCUCCCACCCCCCCCCUCCCAAAAGGUACUUCCAGGCCAGGCUGGAAAAGCCUGGAAAGGUGCUGAGCCAGGACCAUUCCCGAGGUGCCUGAUCCACCCCCCCCAUCCCAACAACCCCCCCCCCGGCUCCGAGGGUGGGGGUCCCUCUCCAGGUGCUGCCCCCCCCACACCAAUAGCAAUAUCCCACGGGAAGGGGGGAUCCCUCCCCACCCCCCCAAACCCCCCCCAGGCACCGGGAAGCGAAGCCGAAAAGCUUUAAAUUCCAAAAUUCCCAAAAAAUUCCAACCCCUUCCGGGGGGGAGGGGGCUGAAAACGGCCCCCCCCCCUCACCACGGGCUGGUUCAGACCCUCCCCCCCCUCCCCAAUUUCUCUGACCCCCCCUCCCCACCUUCCCAUUUUUUUUUACGUUCCAUUUCUACUUUUUUUGUUUUGUUUUGUUUUGUUUUUUAAAUAUUCUGUACUAUAUUUUUAGUCUUAAACACGAUAUAUUAUAUAUAUUUAAUUUUUUUAUAUAUAUAUAUAUAUAAAUAUAAACGGUUAAAAAAAAAAACAACAAAAAAAACCAAAAAAACACCGAAAUAAAAAGGGGG